AUGGCCGCCAUCCUAGGCCUCCAGCUCCUCAAACUCACACCCCUGGUCACUUCAACCGUCAACCUUCAAUUCGCAAACGACGAGUGGCAGUUCCUGACACCCUGGGUCGAAACCUUCUCACAGGAUACAUCGCUGGCACGACAAGUUCUUCCUGGCUGGGCCAUGCGAUGGCAGUCGCGAGCACUGUGGCAAGCACUGAUAUGCCUCCCACUACCGAUCAUAUCUGGCUUUGCUAUGCAUCUGGCUCUACGACCGGAGAUUGGCCAUCCGCUCUGGAGAGAUCCACUGCUGAUGGAAUGGAACGGUCCUGCGAUUGAUGCAGCGAGAUGGUAUUUGGCUGGAUCUGGCUUCGCUUUGCUGCAUUUCGCGUUCGGAAGCACUGCGAUGCGGUUACUGGGGCAGAUGAAGUCAGAUGAAAAGACCGAGAAGGAAAGGAACGUUGAGAGCGUGGCAGAAUGGCUUGAUAUGCAUCGGAUCAGGACUUUAGUGUCUGAUCUACCGGCCUUUGCCUGCUUUUUGGUGGCUACAAUACGACUUGGGCUCACCAUCGAUGCGCCAAUUGUCUAA